CAUGACAGCCAGCAUCUCCAUGACUCAGGAACAGAGUAUAAAACAUCCUCCAGACAAGUGGAAGACUCAAGAGACUCCAAUGCACGUCGUCACAAUGGAAGGAUUGCACCUAAACAGUGUUUCCAAACUUCACUUUGUAUUCAUCUUCUGGAUUUACACUAUGCAUCUUUGGUAUCAGCCUGGAAUGUCCGUGACAUCAUCUGGAAAAUCGGACUAUUGCCUCAUCCUGCUGAACAGCUGCCUGGUAGAAGCCGACCGCAGCGAGGAGCUAGCAUUCCUCCAACCCUUCCUAGAGAAGUCAUUCAUGAAGAGGUCCUUUCGGAACGGUGUUGGAUCAGGAUUUAAAAAAAAUUCCUUCAGAAGGGCAAAGUCCUAACCAAAUGUUCACAUAAAAGACCCUUGAACAGAGAUAAUUUUUUUCUAUGAAUGCAAAAAACCUAAAAUAAACUUAUAUCUUUUACAGUGAGAAAGCAAUGCGUAAGGGUGCAUUGGUAUGGAGGUAUGGAAACUGUGGCUAUAAUAUUAGGAAAGUGUAGACAUAUCUUCAUAGUGUUCAUGCUUGUAAUACAGAAAAUGUAAAGUCCCUGCAAGACCUGUCAGCAGAAUACGGGCUGCCAAGAAAAUAAGCAGCAGCAGCCUAUCCUCUGGUUACAGGCAGCCAUUGCUUUUAUUGUGGUUCUGAUUUUAUUUAGUCAGUUGCUAUGGUAUUGUAACUGUCCAAACAUAAGCUAAACAUUUAGCCAUUUUUAUUCAUGCCAUUGGAAAGCUUUAGCUUGUCCA